UCCUGGAUGGCCUGAGAGUGAGUACAUUCUCAGCAAAAUGUUAUUUCCUUUUUCCCUUUGACAAUUCAUGACAGCUUAUUUGUUUUGUUACUGGAAGUACAAAACACCCAGCACUUCCUUCAGUGGUUUCACAUAGCAUUAAUCCACAGGAUGCAAAUUGAAAGGGCACCUAUCAUGACAGUGUGUCACACAACCACCCUACAAUGAAAAAAAUCCACUGAAUCAUUUUUUGAUCCCCAGUUAACUAAAUCAUUCUCAUUAGACAUCCCAUUUAGAUAUUCUGAGAAGUAUGAUGUCACAUUGUUCAGGCCCCGACCACGGCUGCUGACUGACAUUGCCUUAUUAGCAGCCAGAGACCCUGCCCUCAGUGAACAGCACACAAUCCAUGUUUAUCUUAAUGCUAACACAUUUAAAAGUGGCAUUCAAGCUAGGAAUGCUAUCUUAUUAAAGCUAGAGAAGUUAUUCGGUCAAAAGCAGUGAGAGAGCAGUGUUUUCUAACUUAACCUUGUGUGUAUUUGAGAGUUAAAGUGCAAUAAGACAUGAAUGAGAUUAGGGAUUAGUUUAGUUCUCACACGCUUUCUGUGUGUAUAUGCUUUGGAUGUGUGCGCCCAGAAAAGAUUUUUGUGUUAGCCCAAAUUUAUAAAUAUACAACAAAUUAAAUAUUUGAUUGAUUAUUAAAAUAUUGAAAUAAGUAGAGAGAUUGCUAUAGUAUUUCAGACACAUAUUUGCAUCAUUUUCUGUAAAAUCGAUAGGCCUAUUAGGAAUAUCUCAGACUCCCCAAAAUCAUACCACACAGUUGUGGAAUCCUGAAUAUGAACAUUGUGACUAAAUACAUUAUAUUUACCGUAAUAGGCUACAUUAUGUGAGAGCGUAGGGUUAAAAAUGAUCAAAGACUUCUGUUUUCCUGUCACAAACCAACUAUGAGUAACAAAAGGGCCAUUUAGCAUUCCUUAAGGCACAGAAGUGCUGAUAUCGAUCAAGGCCUGUAGGAUAAACUGUGUAUACAGCAAGGGUCUCCUAAUUUUCACACCUUUUGUCCAGUGGGUGAAGCUGUAAUCUGCUGAUUGGUCAGUUUGAAUGUCUCACAUUUGGUCACAUGGUCAAGGAAGGGAUAAAAUAAGAUAGUAACUGCUGCUCUGGCUCUUUCUCUUUGCUGACUGUUUUCUUUGCUGUUGCUCGCUUAGUGCUCUGCCCUUUCUCGCGCUUUUUUCCUCCCUCUCUCCAUCUCUCCUUCUCUCUUUCUCUCGGUUUUACCAUCUUUUUGUAACCAAUUCAAGUGUAACCAUAACAAAAUACUCUCAUUAAACCAUUUGAAUGAUAAAUGAUGUGCCAAAUAGUCUUGAUUCAAUAUUAACUAAAGUGCUUCCUAUUGCACUACAAUAUAGUCACAUAAUAACAACACUCUCCCACAUAUUUGGCUAUUGUAACUGCGCUUAUUUCCGUUGUUGGUAUAAGUGGCAGUGGGUGGUAAUAAACAAGGAAUUUACAGUUUUAAACCGCCGUGCUCAUAACUUUCUUUAGUCAUUCGGCAAUCCUACAGUCGGGAAACCACCCUUACAAGAGCAAAUUUAUUGAAUUUAUUACAUUUUCUGGUAAAUACUACUGUUUAUUGUUUAACAUUAAUGAUAUAUUCCCCAAAAAAUAUGACUCAUGACUGAAAGACUGACUUAUGACUGAAAGAUGACUAAUUUUAUAGUGACAUAAAAUCUUUAUUUAAAUAGGAAACUCUCAAAAUUACUUCAGAUGGUAAAGUUGGCAAACAGGCGAUUUAUUUAUUUCAUUUUACAUGAAUGGAGGAACUUAACAUUCGUGUACAUUCAGUUCAAUUCGUGUUCAUUUUUUAUAGCACUUUUCAUGAUAAAAAUCACUGCAAAGCAGCUUAACAUAAGUAGCUUAUCAGUGGUGACUAUAUCAAGGUGAUGUCCAAAUGGCAGAAAUGUACAGUUAAAAUUACACUGUUAGAUAAUGACAUGUAUUCAAACAAACGAACACUAGUCUAUAGGGUAUAUUAUACUGAAAAAAUAAAUAUACUACAGUUUGAUUACAGUAUGCUGUAGCUUUCAUUAACAAAGUGUUGUAAAUACUAUAAUAUAUACAGUAUAAUACACUUCACUAUAGUAUAGUUCAAAAACAUUAGCCUAUAGUAUUUACUAUAAAUUACUGUAGUAUUUUUCAUGUGGGCGCAGGGAAGCCCUGAAAGUAAGCUAACAGCCCGUAAAUAUGACGCUGCAUGGGAAAUACAUUAAUUUGACUUUCAGUUUCGCUGUGUAUAAGAGGUUGUGUCUGUCUGAUCAGAAACAGACUAUACGACCAACCAUUCAAAAUGUUGUGUCUGUUGAUCCUAAUUUUAAGCAUCAUAAAUAGAGCUUAUCUUUCAGAAAUUAUUGCACGAGGAGACGCUGCUGUUGAGUUUGGUCAGGAUGCUUCAUUCUCUUGUACACUGCCAGACGCGUCUGCUGUCAAACAAGUCACCUGGCAGCGCGUGCGUGACCAGGAACCGGUACAAACUCUGGCUACAUACAGCGCGCUCUUCAACGAUUAUGUGGAUGAUCAGUAUGUCGGAAAGGUCAUUUUCACUACGGCGUCAGUUAAUUCAUCAUCCAUUGAGAUCAAAAACACAACAUUUGAUGACGAGGCUUGCUACAUUUGUUCCUUCAAAGUGUACCCAUUCCAACCUAAACGACAAACCUUGUGCCUCGCUGUUAAAGGUAUUUCAGAAAUAACAGCAUCAGUGAACACUGCACUCAGUUCUGAUCCAGAUGUUGUAGUCUCAUGUUCAGCUACUGGUAAACCAACUCCAACUAUCCACUGGAAAUCUGCAGAGAAAGAGCUGGACAACUUUUCAAGUAAUUUUACAACUCUGAAUAAAGACAGCUCAACCACCAUUACAAGCAACCUCACGCUUCCACUCUCACAGUUUCAUGGGCUGUAUGUGGAAUGUGUGGCGAAGAGUGACAGCAUGGAGAAGAGCAUCCAAAUCAAAUUGCCUAAAGAUCAUAAAAAAGUGAAUGCUACACCAAGAAGUUACAUCAUUACAGUUUCAGUCCUCAUUAUCAUGGCCGUUGUGGUUAUUAUCAUUAUUAUCAUCUGUUCUCUCACCAGACUAAAGAGAGCCACUUUUGGGAUAAAAUCUACUUAUGACGAACCCCUUAAGGAGGAAUUUUUAACUCUACAGCUUCCUCAUAGUAUUCAUUUUUGCUCAUGACCUUUGAACUUUUUGGUUCUAGCUAGUGUGUUCCUUAAAGGAAUCAUGAAUUUACCAUCUAGUAUUUAUAUAUU